AUGGCUACCGUCUGUCAUAGCCCAAACUUCUGGGGAAUUCUCUCCGAAACCAAGCGCAUAAUCCGCGCCAACUCCAGUAAUUACUUAGCCCUCUCCAUCCUCUUCCUCCUCCCUCUCUCUUUUGCCUUCGUCCUCUACCCAUUCAUAUUCUCCUACUCUGCACCAGACCCCACAAUCCCAUCACCCCAAAAAUCCAAUCUCGUUAUCGCUCUUUACGUUUUCUUCAUGUUCCUUUUCUCUAUUUUCGCCACCGGCUCAAUUACUUACAGCACCGUCCAUGGAUUCUAUGGUAGACCCGUGAAUUACCUUUCCUCUAUAAAGUCCAUCUUGUUCUCGUUUUUUCCUCUCCUUGCGACUUUUAUAGCUUAUCAGAUCGUAUUAUUUAUCAUUUUCUAUUUCAUCUGGCUUGUGGGGGUUGUAGUGUAUCAAUAUUAUGAAGGAGUCAAAUCGAACUAUUCGCUGGCUUUUGUUGUUUGUAUGACGAUUUUGAUUCUGGUGGUGACAUUUUACUUGCAAGUGGAGUGGUCGUUGGCGUAUGUGGUGGUGGUGGUAGAAUCCAAGUGGGGGUUUGAAUCCUUCAAGAAAAGCUCACACUUGAUUAAGGGGAUGAAAUGGAUCACGAUAUCAUUAAUAUUGUACUAUGCGAUUGUAGUAGGGCUUUUAGCUUCUACUGCAUAUUUCGGUGGCAUUAAUGGCGGCUCGGGAUUCAUAAUUCAGACACUGUUCGCGAUUUUUAUGACAGCACAGAUGCUACACUGCAUUACUGCCUACACAGUGCUGUAUAUGUAUUGCAAGGUUUUACAUGGUGAAAUGGCAUUUGAGAUUGCAGAGGAGUCUGCUGCAGCAGAUUAUAUUAGCUUGCCUAUUGAUGGUGGACAAGGUUGUUUAGCAGCAUCAGACACCUCUGAGAAGAGUACUGGUAGCGGUGGCAAGAAGAAAGGGCCAGCUCAAUUACGGCUGUACAAUUUGGGCAACACAUCCCCUGUUCCUGUUUCAAAUCUUGUGAGCAUUUUGGAGAGAUUACUCAAGGUGAAAGCAAAGAGGUUGAUUAUGAAGUUGCCAAGGAAUGGGGAUGUGCAUAAUUAA